AUGGCGCUGCCGGUGGCGGAGUGGCAGGGCCGCACCGCCCGGCUCUGGGCCGCGCUGGACCCGGCGCUGCGGGAGCGGCUGGCGGCGGCUUCGCUUCACGACGCGGUGCGGCUGGGUUGUGACCUGCUCCGCUGUGAAUUUGAGGGAAAACUUCUUCCCUGUGCGGUGACCACGCACAGAUUGAGAGUGUGGCGACUCCCUCGCUGGAGAAAUUCCAGAACCCUCUGGACACAAUCCUGUGCCACAGGGAUCAUCCUGCCUGAGCAGGGAGGCUGGACCAGACGAUUCCAAACUGAUUGUUCGGUGCUGACCCACAGGGCCGAGCAGGAGGAGGAGGCAGCCCUGGUGCAGUUGUGCCUCCAGGCACCCACGGACAAGAAGCCGGAGGCCGCGAGCUGGUACCGGGAGCAGGGAAACCGGGAAUUCAAACGGGGCCAGUACCAGGCUGCCCUGAGGCUCUACUCCAAGGCAGCAUCCCACGAGCUCCCUGGGAGCCCCGAGGUGUCCGUGUGCUUUGCCAACCGCUCGGCUGCUCUCCUCCACCUGGGGCACUUCGAGGUUUGUUUGGAAGAUAUUGCCCGGGCUGAAAGUCAUGGCUAUCCAGAAAGGCUGCUGCCCAAGGUCCUGCUGCGGAAAGCUGAGUGUCUGCUGUGCCUGGAGAGGUUUCAGGAUGCACAGGAUAUCCUCAGAGUGCUGGAGAGUAAAAUUACUCUGGAUGGGGUCAUGACUACACACCUGACACGGCUAAAAAAGUUAAGUCAGCUGAAGGUUAAAUUAGGUGAGAAAGAGAGGUGUCCAAAGCCUGCAGGAGAACGUGGUGGCAUUCAAAGGGAGCCAGAGAUCUGGGAAGAGAACAGCAGCAUUUCAGGUGCAUCUUCAUCUCUGAGCUUGAGUUUUGAUGCAGAGAGAGGACGUCACUUGGUGGCCUCCCAGGACAUAGUGCCAGGACAGAGCCUGCUGAAAGAGGAGGCCUUUGUGAGUGUGCUGUGCCCUGGGGAGAGCCUUCCUGUGCAGGAUGGUGACACAGCGUGGGACACUCGAGCCACCAACGCAGAUCUUUACUGCCACCACUGUCUGAGGCAGCUCCUGGCCUCGGUGCCUUGUCAGGGCUGCAGUUAUGCCAAGUACUGCAGCCAGGGCUGUGCAGAGAUGGCAUGGCAGCAGUACCACAGGACAGAGUGUUCCCUGGGAGCCCUGCUCCUCACCCUCGGGGUCUUCUGCCACGUGGCCUUGAGGACUGUCCUGCUGGCAGGAUUUGCAGAGGUCAGCAGACUGGUGGCCUGGUCCCACCACAGGGACAAGAACCUUCAGAACCCUGAGGCAAGAUGCAAACCUCUCAGUGAGGCACCAGCUGCAGGAGCUGGUAGCAAAGGUAUUCCUGGUUGUGGCAGCAAUGGUCGGUACCAGAGUUCUUACCAAGCUCUAUUCCACCUUUUGCCCCACACUGAGCAGCACAGCCCUGAGCACAAGUUUCUCUGCACGCUCAGUGUGGUAGCUCUAUGCAAACAGCUGCAAGCAGCUGGCCUGGAGGCUGCUGUGUUGAGUCAGGAAUCAUCUCAGCAGUGGUCCAAACCAAAGGCAUGUGAAAAAACCUCAGAUGAAUUGUUCCCAGAGCUGAAGACUGUGGCAGAAGCAAUGCUGAGGCACGUGUUGCAGCUGCAGUGUAAUGCACAAGCAAUCACUGUAAUGCAGGAAAUGGGGCCUGGAGAUGGGGCUGUUGUAGAUAAGAAGCCUGUGAGGCUGGCAACAGCCUUCUUCCCUGUCCUCAGCCUCCUGAACCACUCGUGCUGCCCCAAUACCAGCGUGUCAUUCAGUGGGACAGCUGCCACUGUCAGGGCGUCACAGCCAAUCUCAAGUGGCCAAGAGGUUUUGCAUUGCUAUGGGCCUCACUGGUGUAGGAUGAGGGUUGCUGAGAGACAGCAGCUUCUCAGUCAGUAUUUCUUCGAGUGUCACUGCCAGGCGUGCCUCGAGGAGUUAGAGUCUGGUGUCAAGAGUGUGGUGUCCAUCAGAAAUUCAUUCUGCUGUCCCAAAUGCCAGGCUCAAAUGAAGGGGGAAGAAGACACACUUUACUGUUCAAAUGAAGCCUGUGCAACCUCAGCCAGCAGAGAUCACCUGUCUGGCCGAUUGCAGGAUCUUCGGCAACAAAUCAAGAAAGCUUUAGACCUGCUGAGAGUCGGGAAGGCUGAUCAGGCUAUCAAAAUGAUCCUGAAGUGUCAGAUGGAUGCUGAAACCUUCUUGUGUCCAGAGCAUUUGCUGAUGGGAGAGAUGGAGGAUCAUCUGGCACAGGUCUAUGCUACUCUUGGGAAGUGGCAGGAAGCAGCCAGACACCUGAAGAAGAGUAUUGAGAUUGUGGAAAUGCACCAUGGGCCAUCAAGUGUAGAAACAGGCCAUGAACUUUUCAAGCUGGCACAAAUCCUCUUCAAUGGAUUUGCAGUUUCUGAAGCUCUGAGCACAAUUCAAAGAGCAGAGGGGAUUUUGUCAGUGCACUUUGGUCCUCAGAGUGCUCAGAUCCAGGAACUACAAGAGAUGAAGGCCUGCCUGUCACAGCUUCCCAGAAACAUCCUUCAGAGGACUUAAUUUCCUUGUCAAAGGAAGCUGCAAUGUGAUCUUUCAUCAAAGCUAAGUGUCAUGUGGUAAGGUAGUCAUGUAGUACAAGCUGGAAAAUCAUGUGUAACAGCAACUUGAAUGAAGUCUUGAAAUGCUCUUUGGUGAGCCUGUUGUAAAUAAAAUGACCAAUUCUAACGUGA